AUAUAGUGAAUGCGGGGUCCGGGGAGAGCGGGUACAGUGAAUGCGGGGUCCGGGGAGAGCGGAUAUAGCGAAUGCGGGGUCCGGGGAGAGCGGAUAUAGUGAAUGCGGGGUCCGGGGAGAGCGGGAUACAGUGAAUGCGGGGUCCGGGGAGAGCGGAUAUAGGAAUGCGGGGUCCGGGGAGAGCGGAUUACAGUGAAUGCGGGGUCCGGGGAGAGCGGGUACAGUGAAUGCGGGGUCCGGGAGAGAGCGGGUAUAUAGUGAAUGCGGGGUCCGGGUAGAGCGGAUACAGUGAAUGCGGGGUCCGGGGAGAGCGGGUACAGUGAAUGCGGGGUCCGGGGGAGAGCGGAUACAGGAAUGCGGGGGUCCGGGGAGAGCGGAUACAGGGAAUGCGGGGUCCGGGAGAGCGGAUAUACAGUGAAUGCGGGGUCCGGGGAGAGCGGGUACAGGGAAUGCGGGGUCCGGGGAGAGCGGGUACAGUGAUGCAUGUGCCCAGGGAAGGACGCCCAGAACACAGACUGCUUGUCCG